ACCAAUGCAUUUUAUUCAAAAUCUACGGAAUAUCGACGUUUCGUCAUGUGAUUAUUAUUCUCCUGCCAACUGCAUUAAAAACUUUUGAAAUUUGUCGAACGCAAGCAGUUCCACUGGAUAUUUACUUAUUUAUUCUGGAUGAAAAUUUCUUUUCUUGAUUGUACGAGAAUUAAUUUUUUGAUUGUUAGUUAACCCUCAACAAAUGCACAAAGUGUUGGUCCGCUUUUUGGUGCUCCUCGGUCUGCAGAUAUUUUCUACUUCAUGUGCUACGACACGUUUCGUGGCGAAGACGCUGGUAACGCGCUCCACCGCCGUCCAGUUAGCCAGCAGUUCUUCCCGACCCGCGAUAAUAAACCUGACACGUUCAACCGCCGCUGUAACUACCGAUGCCACCCGACCCACCACGAUGAACCUGACCCGUGCUGUCAACGCGACGACCACCCCUACCCCGGACCCCGUCACCACGACGGUGUACUCCACGACCUACCCCACGACGUACCCCACCGAUCCACCGCGGAUCAAUCCUAAGGAUAAGACGAUCCGGUUGUGCGUCAUGGUGGAGAAGGAUCCAUCGUUGUACUAUGAUUAUUCGCGCGCCGCAGCGGCCAUCGAUAUGGGCAUCGAGUGGGCCAAUCAGAAGAUGCUGACCGACGGACGCCAGAUUGUCAAGCUGUUCAUUGAUGUCGGCGGGUCGUGUGUCUUCAAGAAUGAUGCCGUAAUUUUUCAGGCAUUGCGGUUGCGCGACCAAGGCAUCGUGUGCCACGCCUUCCUCGGUCCCGGGUGCGGGUACAACGCCGACGCCCUGUACAACCUGAUAGAAUACACCCAGACCCCGAUCCUCGGAUGUCCGGCCGCCGGUUCCACCCUGCUGGCCGACCGUUCCGAUUAUCCACUGCUGACCCGCGUCAGCUUCUCCCAUCGGGACGCGGUGAACUUUAUGCUACGUUUCUGCGCCGCUAACGACUACACGCACGUGGUGGUGAUUGUCGACGUGACCACGACGUUCUACCAGCAGCUGGGCACGGUGUUCCAGAGUGAACUGAAACGGCGCCGGGAAUUGACGGGAUUCUCCAUGCGGUUUAUUAAGAAUGAUAAAGCCAACCGGACGGAUUUCGAGAAGAUUCUGAGGGAUGUCAAUACAACCGCCCGAAUUUAUAUUGUUUGCGCCAAUGCGUCGGUAUUCCGCUUAAUAACGGUACAUUUUAUUAAUUUGCACGGUACAGUCGUCCAAUACUAUAUUACGGAAUCUGUGUAUUUUUGUGUUGUUUAUGUGGGGAUUGAGUUGUUUACCAGUAAUCGCUGGGGUGUGUUUACGUGGCGGAUGGACGACGGUCUUGACAGGGCGGCCAAACGUUCCUUCGACUCAGUGCUGUUUGUCUCGCUGAACCUGCCCCGCACCAGCUACUAUGAUACGUGGUCGGCGGAAGUGAAGCAGCGCGCCCGUAUCGAUUAUAACUACACCUUCGCAGCUUUUGAAGAAGUGGACCCGGUAGUGGUGACCUUUUUCGACGCUGUCCUGGUAUACGCCACGGCCGUCGAGCGCAUCCUGACCAAUCCCGACGGGAACAACAACAUCCUGGACGGCCAGCUGGUCUCCGCGUAUCUGCGCAAUAUGAGCAUGGAGAGCCCGGUCUCCGGGACGGUGUAUAUUGAUAACAGCGGCGAUCGGGUCAAUGAUUUCCUCUUGAAGACCAUCGACACUACCGGUCGCAUCGUGGUGGUGUACACGUUCCGCACGCUUACCGGCACGCUGACGCAGAUCGGCUCGGCCAUGUGGCCCACGCCGGACGGGAAUCUGCCUCCGGAUUCGCCGCCGUGUGGAUUCACGGGGGAUGCUGUCGCUUGUCAACCUCCGGCGCGUAUGUCCACGGCGACGUUGGCCGUCGCCGUGGUGAUUCCCUUGGUGGCCGCGGGAAUUACCUGCGUGGUAAUCGGUUGCUGUAUUUCGCGCUGGCUGCGGAACCAAGCACUGGAUCCCAAUUGGUGGCGCGUGCCGCAUGCGGAACUGGAGAUCACUGGCGGGAAUAUGAACAAGAGCAGUCAAGGCAGCCGCUUAGGCAAUCGCAAAACAGUGGCGGAUGACACCGGUUCGCAAGUAACACGUCAGACGGACGGCACGGCGAACUCCACCGGGAUCAGCGGGAUGGUGGGUCGCACGGCCACCCUAAAGGGCAACCUCAUCAGCGUAACCGAUGUCACCGAUAAAAAGCGCAAACCGAACAGCAUCCUCAUCCGCGAGAUGAACGCGGUGCGCAUCACCACUCAUCAGAAUCUCCAGCGUUUGCUCGGCGUCUCGGUGGAUGAGGAUGGGUUCAUUGUGUUCAUCCUGGGUGAAGUGUGCCAGAAAGGUUCCUUGACGGAUUUGCUAGAGAAGGACUCGUUGAAACUGGAUUGGUCCUUCAAGAACUCCCUCAUCAAGGACAUCGUUAUGGGGAUGACGUAUUUGCACAAUUCCGUUAUUGAAUCACAUGGAAAUCUCUCGUCGCAUACGUGUUUGGUGGACAGCCGGUUUAUGCUAAAGGUAUCUGAUUAUGGAUUAACCAUGUUCCGCGACCCGAAGGAUUUACUACCGCCCACGGAGGAUCAGGAUGAAGAGCGGCGGAAUUUUGCGGAUUUAUUGUGGCGUGCACCGGAGUACUUGCGGCAGGCCAUGCCGGUGAAAGGAUCGCAGAAAGGGGACGUGUACAGUUUCGGGAUUAUACUGCAACAGAUUAUUCUGCGCUCGUCGCCCUUCGAUGUUCCCGGUGAUACGAAAGCGUAUCAGACCGCCAAAGACCUUGUUAUGCAGAUUAAGCAAGGUAGUCAGCCACCGUUUCGACCCGCCGUCCCGGUGUCCGCAUGCUCCAGUGAACUGUACCACUUGAUGGAGUUUUGCUGGGAAGAAUAUCCCAUCGAACGGCCCACAUUCGUCAAAAUUAAAGAGAGCCUGAAAAAGGUCAUCGGCAACUCGGGCGAUAAUAUCAUCGAUCACCUGCUGAACCGCAUGGAACAGUACGCCAGCGAUCUCGAACAGCAGGUCGAGGAGAAAACGGCGCAGUUCACGGAAGAAAAACGCCGGGCGGAGGAACUACUUGGCCAACUGUUGCCCAAAUCCAUCGCGGAAUCGCUGACGCGCGGCCACAAUGUCGAGCCGGAAUCUUUCGAUUGUGUAUCCAUCUACUUCAGCGAUAUCGUCACGUUCACCGUGAUCUCGGCCGCGGGGACGCCGAUGGACGUGGUGUCCAUGUUGAACAAUCUGUACACCAUGUUCGACGCCAUUCUGGAAAAGUUCAGCGCAUAUAAAGUGGAGACCAUCGGUGACGCUUAUAUGGUGGCCAGCGGUCUGCCGGUGCGCAAUGGUAACCGUCACGCCUACGAGAUCGCCCUGGUGUCGUUGACGAUUCGCAAGGAGCUCAACGACUUCCGCAUUCCGCAUCUGCCGACCGAUAAACUGAAACUGCGCAUCGGCAUGCAUUCCGGUCCGUGCGUUGCGGGAAUUGUUGGCCUGAAAAUGCCUCGCUACUGUUUGUUUGGAGACACCGUAGUUAUUGCGCAAAAAAUGGAAUCUAGUGGGGAAGCGAUGAGAAUCCAGGUAACCCAAGCCGCCAAGGAGCUCCUGGAAGACAUUGGCGGAUUCCAGUUAACUGAACGCGAAAAGCCGGUCCUGUUCCGGGGUCAGGAUUUACGUACAUUUUGGCUGGUGUCCGGGGCGCUGAGAGAACAUUUCAAUACAAUCACACAUUUCAAUUUUCAGAACGCUUUAUACCUGCAAAUUAGGCGACAUUAG